AUGCCUUUCUCCCCAAUCAUCUUGUGUGCUGUCGAUCAGUGUGCUGCCGCUCUGGCCUUUUCCCCUUCGUUGACUUCCAACCAUCAGACACAUGAAGGGUGCCAUAGCCACGUGACCACGAAGUCGCCGUUAUUUCCAGUGUACAUCGACCACUUCAACAACUCAGAGGGCAUACCCGAUGCGUUUUAUCUUCUCUCACACUUCCACACGGACCACAUGAAGGGACUUUCGCACGUGUGGAGUGCUGGUACGAUAAUCUGCGAUGAAGUCACUCGGGCCCUGGUUACACAAAAGUAUGGUGUAGCCCUUGCGCAACGUAUACGGUCACAAUCAUUGUUUCAGGCAUCGACGUUGUUUCGGAUGUCUGUUGUGGCAUCCCCCACCCCAGCUACUAUGCAAGAGAUGGAGGAGGUCGGGAGGAGUUCGGUUUCGGGCGGUAGCAACAGCAGCGAUAAGGCGAGGGAUGAUGUGAGGUUGUACCUCUUGCCCGCCUUCCAUAUUCCAGGCAGUGUCAUGUUUUUCCUUGAGACGCCAAUUGGGAACAUUCUUUAUACGGGAGACUUCAAGUACGACGAGACGGCGAGGCGACUUCUCGACCCCUUCUUUGCAGAGCACCGCGUGGACCACGUCUACAUCGACGACACUUGGUUGCAUUUAGGCCACUCACAGGCGCUCUCCUCGACCCACAGCAAUCCACGUAUGCCUGUUGCCAGCAAGAUGCUGCCGGAGAGCGAGUUGGCGGAGACGAUCGAAGCGGUGGAUCGGCGCAUGGACCAGCGCGUGCGUGACUUCUCGCUUAACGGGCCGUCCUCCGACGCGGCUUCAGGUCCGUACGUGCUGCGGGUGUAUUUGCACAACCAGUUUGGGAAAGAACACACCAUACAGCGUCUCGCGACUCGCCUAGGCGUAACGGCAUUCGUGGACGCAGAACGGUACGAGCGGCUGCGUUUCCUCGCCUCGUUUAACUCUGUGAUUGCGCAGGCCAACAAGGCGUUCUGCAUCGAGUUGAGUGGCUUCGCGCCGCUUCCCGCCGACGCCAUGCUCCCCCGCGUGGAGGUUGUGUCGUCGCUCAAAUGCAUCGCACCGGAGGAGCUGCAGGCCGCCGCCGCACGGAAUGGUGGCACACCUCAUUACGGCAUCGUGAUAUCCGGUUGGGCACGAAUGCAGCGGCGCAAGGACGGCGGGGACACCUCUGUGUGGGGGAUUCCCACCACUCUCCACUGUACACCGCAGCAAAUUAUUGACUUCAUUGCCUUGCUGCGGCCCAUGUCGGUGACGACUCUGCAUUACAAGCCGUGCCGCGGGAGGGUGUGGUGGAGGAGCGGCUUGGGCCGUACCUGCGGCGGCCGUACUGCACUCAGUUGUUGA